AUGCUCAUGUAUUGUGACAAUCAAACCACCAUCUUCAUUGCUGGCAAUCCCACCUUUCAUGAAUGUAUGAAACACAUUGAGGUUAAUUGUCACUACAUUCAAGAUAAGGUUAUGUUUAGACUUAUCUCUACUCCUCAUGUGUCAUCAUCUCAUAAGCUUGUAGACAUCUUCAUGAAGAGUCUAACCAUCAUCUCCUACGAUGACACGUGUACCAAGUUAGACAUAUUUGACUUAUAUGCUCCAACUUGA